AUGUUGUCCAAGAAAUUCAGUCUUCGAAAGAAACGCCACCAUAAAACGAGCCCUUCACAUACACCAACAUUUAAUUCAACAAUAUCGGACACUCCAAUCCAUGAAGAAACAGAUGGCAGCCCAUUGACGGCGACCGGGACACCCCUAUCUCACCAAACGAGCCCACCGAUCCUGGAAAAUUCCGAAGGUGAUCCAGGACCCCUUGGCCUGAACGUUGUUUACACACCACAAUAUGGUCACAAAGCCGAUAUUGUCUUCGUCCACGGCCUUGGAGGCAGCAGCCGCUGGACAUGGUCAAAGUACCGAAAACCAGAGUUGUUUUGGCCAUUGACGUUUCUCCCACUAGAGCCAGAUCUCUGUUUAUCUAGGAUUCUAAGCUUCGGUUACAACGCGAAAUUCCGAAAACCGGGCAACGCAAGUACUGUCGUCCUAGAUUUUGCCAAGGAAUUAUUGUUCGAUCUCAAAUAUGCCAAUGACGGACAAAAAGAAAACUUGAACAUCGGUGCUGUCCCGCUUCUCUUCGUUGUCCACAGUAUGGGAGGACUUAUUGUCAAGGAGGCCUAUAUGCAGGGCCAGAAUGACCCAGAAUACGAAAAAAUAGUCAAGGCUAUUUCGGCAAUUCUCUUUCUUGCAACUCCACACCGGGGGACUAACCUAGCCGCUAUACUGAAUCGCCUGCUACAGUCCACACAGAUUAGUAGUUCGAAGCUUUAUAUUUCUGAGCUCUCUAGGGACUCUUUCACUUUGCAAAAGCUCAACGAGCAAUUCCGACACAUCGCCCCAAAGCUUGAUAUCGUCUCCUUUUAUGAAACACAGCCGACUUCUCUUGGACUCAAGAGUGCCCGAGUGAUGAUUUUGGAAAAGGAUUCAUCUGUGCUGGGCUAUCCCGGGGAAACUUCGAAGGCCCUGAACGCAGAUCAUCAUGAUGUCUGCAAGUAUGAUAGCCCAGGAGAUCCAAAUUACAUUACAGUGAGGAAUGCACUCAAGUCAAUAGUAAGCAAGAUUAUCGCAAAAACCCCUGGAAGUCGACUAGGCAUUGCAAGUCAGAGGCGCGUGCGUGAUUUGAAAUUGUCGUUGGCGAUUUCUGAUUUGCCCGACUUGGAUUACCUUUUCUUCCAAGACCAGUGGACAGAAGGCACAAAUUCAUGGUUUUUGGAGCAAAAGCCAUAUUCCAGAUGGCUUGACGAGACGAACUUGUCCUCUUGCAUACUUUGGGUGAACGGAGGCGCUGCGACUGGAAAAUCCGUUCUCUCCUCAUUCGUUAUCAAAAAUCUUCUUACUGGAGGUGCUUGCUGUCAAUAUUUUUUUAUCCGGUUUGUGGAUAUGAAAAAGCGUUCCCUGAGUCUUCUGCUUCGCUCAAUUGCGUAUCAAAUCUCGCAAGAUAUCCUCGACUUUCGAACAAAGCUCAUUGAGCUUGCCGAUGAAGGCAUUGAUUUUGAAACGGCUGAUCCAAAAACAAUAUGGGAGCGCGUUUUCAAGUCCGUACUGUUCAGCAUGGAUUCUAAAAUUCCUCUCUACUGGGUCAUAGAUGGGCUGGACGAAGCGGUCGAUGCCCGAUCCGUUAUAAAACUCUUUCAAGAUCUUGGUAUGUCAUCAGUCCCAAUCAAGAUUGCAAUUUUCAGUCGCAUAACCCCAGAUAUCACGACGGCAAUGAAAAAGAUACCCUCGUCAGUGCGUCAGGAGACGGUGAGCAUCGAAGGACAUCCAGAAGAUAUCUACGCCCAUAUUCGCCAGGAACUGAGCUUGUCCGGUACCGAUGAAUACAAAGAAAGAAUUGUAAAACGUAUAGUUGAAGGCGCACGAAGCAACUUUCUUUGGGUACGACUGGCCGUUGAAAAGCUGAACUCGUGCCAUACAGUUGACGACGUCGAAAAUGCUCUUCAUGAACUACCGUCUGGAAUGGAAGCACUCUAUGACAGGAUGGGGCUGUUGAUCGCGCAAAAUCCAUCACCGUCAGGUCGGGCCUUGGCAACGGCAGUCCUCCAAUGUGUCACUUGCUCCUUCCGGGCUUUGACCGUCUCUGAGUUGUCUCUAGCUUUGGAUGAAGAAUUUUCAGGAAUGUUGAACUUUCAGCAGUCCAUUGUAGAGUUAUGUGGUGGCUUCAUCAUUGUGGAUAACGGCAGUAACGUUGUCAUAAUUCACCAUUCGGCACGCGAGUACUUGAUAAGCAGCAAAAACCGACCAUUGAGUAUCGACUAUGCAGCAGCCAACGAGCAAUUGUUCAAAACCUGUAUGCGUUGUCUUAUGACGACGGGUCUCCGUGCAAAAGUUAGUCGAGGCGAGAUUCAUGGUUUCCUCGACUACAGCGCUAACUGGUGGUCUUCCCAUCUCCCAUUGGUUCCUGCAGCCCAAAUCACGGUGUUCAAAACCCUCAAUAAGUUUUUAACUGGCCACUGGGUCUUGACAUGGAUUCAUAUCCUAGCCAUUCUGAAGCGGCUACGGAUUCUUGUCCGUGCCUCAAAAAAUCUUUCCAAAUACUCUGCCGCAAGACAGAAGAUCCAAGAUCCGUCACUGAGUGAUGUCAACUGUUUUGCGGAGCAAGACCUGUUGGAGACGUGGGCAAUUGAUUUGGUCAAAAUCGUGGGGAAGUUUGGCAUCAUUCUUCGGGGCCAUCCUGAUGCGAUUUACAAAAGUGUUCCACCUUUCUGUCCCCAUAACUCCGCAAUAUAUCGACAAUUUGGAAAGGCCGAAACCAAAACACUGGCGAUCUCUGGAAUUUCAAUACAUGAUUGGGAUGACUACAUCGCUCGUUUGUCGUUUGGCGGAUAUGCGUCUUAUAUCGUUGCCGAAGGGCCCCGGGUUGCGGUCAUGGCUUCCUCAGGGAAUGUUCUUGUUUAUGACGCAUCUGAUUUUGAGGAAGCGAUGAUAAGCCCACUUAUACAUGGAGAGCGCGUAUAUCGAAUUGCUUUGAAUCGGACAGGGACCCUCAUUGUCACAUACGGUUAUCAAACGACUAAGGUGUGGGAAAUCUCAACAGGGACAUGCAAAUUGACCGCCAAAGCCCCCGAGUCCCGGCCACGUCCACUUACCAUGCAUUUUAAAAGCAAUGAUAAUAUUCUGCUGGUGGGUAGUGAUGAUCGACGCAUUCGAGCUCUCGAUUUGCUAGAUCCAUCUCCGACUUGGGAACUUGUUGCAGACUUUGAGGAACCCGAGCUCGAAGGGCAUUUGUUGAAUUCAUCAAGCUACAUGGCGUUGAACAAAAAUGGCGAUCUCUUAGCAGUCGCCUAUAGGGGACAUCCACUGUCAGCUUGGGAAGUUGACGGGCCAGUACACAUCAAUCACUGCUGGCGAGCCCGUGAAGUCGUUGCAAGAGGUGAAAUACUAGAGGCAAUUUGGCACCCGCACAACCCAGAGCUUCUUGGUUUAUACAUUGAAGGCGUGGUUUUCAAGUGGAAUCCGUACGAAGGCGAUCCCGAGGAACUUGAAACGGGUGCCUCCAGACUGGCGAUGAGCGCCGACGGAAGCUUGUUCGCCACUGGUGAUGUACGGGGAACGAUUAAAGUACAUACAACAUCUGAGUUUCGGCUUCUCUAUCAGCUCGCAUCGCAGGAUUCAGUCCUUGGUUUGGCGUUUAGUCCUGGCCUUGGUCGCUUUUAUGACAUCCGCGGAUCAUAUGGAAAUGUCUGGGAACCGAAUUCUUUGGCACGGUAUGCAGAACGUCUUGAAAAGGGACCUGACAGUGACAGCGAAACCGGAAGCGUUGAAUUUGGCUCUAUGGUCAUUACUGGAAUGCCCCAAAGAAUUGACCGAAUCUCCGUUAUCGCUGCAUCACCUCUUGGCGGACUGUACUGCAGUGGAACAGAAUACGGCAAGGUCCGAUUGUUUCACAUACAACAUGGCUUUAUUUCCGAUGUCUAUACGUCCAAAGGCUUUCUCGGCAUUGAACACCUUGUUUGGAGCCAUGAUGGGCGUUAUAUCUGUUUCUCUGAUUCAGGGAAAAAUACUUUCGCAUUUUCUAUCCGCCUUCAGAAUAAGGACUUUGGCUCAGUUCUGAUGGCGCUAGUUCUUGAAAUGUCGAUGAAAAGCGCCACAACAGGCGCUAUUCUACAGGUGUUGUUCAGCCCAAGCUCUACAGGUAUUUUGAUUUCAACGUCGUCCUCACUUUGCAUUUUGUCGAUCAAGUCAGGAUCUGUGAUGCACUCGCUGGAAUGGCCACCCGAGUGUCGCAAAUGGUUGGUUCAUCCCCAGGACCCAGAACUCGUACUUUGGGUUGGGCCGCAGUCAGCCGGCAUAAUGAAUUGGAGCUUGACCGAGAUGCGGACAUUUCUUGUCGAGUUCCCGGUUCCCACAGAAACACCAUCUCUUGACGGUAACGCAUAUGGCAAAAGAUCUGUUGACUGCGCCCUCAUUACCCAUGACAAGAGUCACAUCUUCAUCCAGAUUUCGGCAGGGAAAUUCCAGAAAGACAAGACCUUCUUCUGGUUGCCGACAUCGUCAGUGUCACAGCCUCUACCGCUGGACUGCACUAGCGAGGCCACAGAAAUGUUAAUAACCACCCAGGCCUUUUUAGUACAGGAUAUGGCAUCGCAUAUUAUGCUUGCCCUCUCUUUCCUUGCUCAUGACCGCUUGGUCUUUCUUUCAAAAGACUAUUCGAUAUGUUCUGUGAAGAUCCAAUUUGAUCGCGAGGAUUCAUCAUCGUCCGCCGCUCUUCGUCGGCUUAGUAGUGCCUCAGUUGCUUCAAGCAUGACCGCCUCAGGCGACAAUCGAAGCUACCAAAACGCGGGGCAAGCUGAGCAUGGAAUGAAAAAUAUUAUCCUACUGCCAAGUGAUUGGGUAGGCAAGGAUUGUUUGACGAUGUGCAAUGUAUGGACGCGAGAAAGAUCUUUCGUGUGCCCAAGGAACGGAGAGGUUGCCGUUGUCAAGUCUGCCAGUUUGGUCUGA